AUGUAUAUUUCAUUAAAUAUGGGUUUUCAUAAUGAUAUAGAUAGAAAAAAAAAAUGUAAAAAACAAUUGUGUAAUUUCUUUUUUUUUUUUACAACAUUUUUAUAUAUUCAAACAUGGAACCUAGAUGAUAUAGAUAAAAGAAAAAAAAUAUUUAAAAAUUAUAUAUAUUCAAUACUUUUAUUAAUUUUAGUAAGGAGAAAUGGUUAUUCCUACAAUGAUGACUUUUAUGUGAAUAAAAGUCCAAAAAGUAUUACAAGAGAAAAAAAAUAUAUGUGUCAAAGAAUAAUUGUUGAAAGAGAAGAUGUUAUAUGGAAACAAGAUUUCGAAAUAACAUUAAACCAAAGUAGUUAUGAGAAAUUAGGUUUACCUUUUGAAAAAAAAAUACCAUAUUCUAAACGUGGAAAAGAAAUUAAAAAACUUUAUGAUUUAACUGAAAGAGUAACAGAAAUAUGGAAAGAAUUAUUAGAACAAAUGGAAGUUAAAUAUUUGAUUAAAACUCAUCAUAUGAAUCAUAAAUGGAGAGAUUUUAUGUGGGAAAGUAAAUGGGCACUUUAUUUAGAACAUGUAUAUAAAUAUAUUAAUGAUAAAUUAAAUGAACCACAUGUAUCUAUUGUUGAAAAAGAAGUUUUUAUUCAGAAAUGGUUUAAUAAUACUUCUCAUGAUUUUAAUUAUUUUAUAAAUUUUGUUUUUGAAAGAUGGAAACAUAAGGUAAAAAGCGCGUGCGAAAAAUAUGAAGGUAAAAAAUAUCCUUCAGAAGAUAAUUUCUUCAAAAAAAGAAUACUCAAAUUUUUCAAAAAAAAAUAA